GAGCGUUUUUGCAUUUCAUAAAAAUCGGGCUCGAAAACAACCGCGCCGUGGCGCGCGGGCAGGGUGAGGCGCCCACGCACCGCGGGAUCACAGCAGGGGAAGGGGGGCGGCGUCAGAGAUGCAGCGCUUGCUUACCAUGGUGAAGUGGGCGCGAAGAUUGUCGACUGAAACCGGUCAGCAGAGUGCGUCUCCGAACCAGCCCACGCGCCGGGGCUGCUGCCAAGUAAAGCAAAUCUCGAAGAGAGACGAAUGAUCCAGCUGGAUCCCCUACCUCCACGACGUCGUGCGCGAUCGUAUCCCUCUGCCAGCCCCUCCACUGUUGUCCAUACAAUUCCCCUCGUCGCGUGAAGGCUGCCUGGCUCGCAAAGGCCUUGCUUGUGUUUCUGGUUUGACGUCUCCUCUCUUUGCUUCCCCGAAAGGGGGCGCCGCGAGUUCAUGUGUAUACGAUUAGAUCGAUAUCAUCGAUCGUGCCUCCCGGGGAAGGAGCUCGGGGGGGGGCCGUGCGCCUGCCUCGUUGCCUUGUUCCACAAACACGCACCGUGCCCGCUCUCUCUCUCUCCCUCGCGCUACACACACCGCCCUAACGGACACCGCUAGUGCCCCCCAGCGUCACUGUGCCGAGGAGUUAUGGCUGCCCGCAUCGAGUACUCGGAGAAGUAUCAAGACGACAGCUUCGAAUACAGGCAUGUCAUCCUCCCCAAGGAUCUGGCGAAGGGUUUGCCCAAGUCUAGGGUGCUGACCGAGCAGGAGUGGAGAGGUCUUGGGGUGCAGCAAAGCCGCGGUUGGAUGCACUACGCAAUCCACAGGCCGGAACCUCACAUCCUGUUGUUCAAGCGGCCUCUCGGGACCGAUCCCGUGUCUGGAAAAGUCGACCCCGUCUUGGAGCAAGAGGCCAAGAAAGCCUACCAACAGGACCUGGCUGAAAAGAUGGACCCCGGCACUAACGUAGCCCCCAUGGCCAUGUAAACCGCACAGUACAUACCGCUGUAACGCCGGGAAUAUUACGCCACGAUGUUUGCCCUCGUGCUAGAUUGGCCAUGGGGUCAUGACGAGCGCAGAUGGACGGGCGGUGUGGGCAUAGGGCGAAGCUACGGGAACCUGCGGGAUACCAUGCUUGCAAGCGGUCGUGGGACGGUAGCGUUACCUUGAUUGGUAUAUGGAUCGAUUCGAUUUUGAUGCGAUUUGAUGCAAUUUGAUGCGAUUUGAUGCAAUUUGAUGCGAUGUGAUCCUCACGAAGUGCACCGGCAGUACAACAGCAGCACCGGGGAAGGGAAGGGAAGCGAAGAGGGCAAGAGUUGCUGGCCCUGCAACUCUUGUGUGGUGUAGUGUACCGUGAUAGCUCGUUUCGGUUCGCUUGCCGUUGUUUUGUGAUGCUUGGGAUUUGGAGAUUUGUUUCGCUUGUCGAUGGAGCAAGCGCGGUGCAGCGUGUCGAGAAAAGACUGGGUACGACGUUGGGCACUCUCAAGGUCAAGGUUGUCCAGACACCAGUAAGCCUUUCUUUGACCGCGGGCCGCGCUUGCCGUAUUUAUCACGGAGUUGAAGGGGUUGUUGGAGCCGAGCGUUUUCUUCUCCUGUGUACUUCGUACGAUUUGUGUGUUGCACUCUCGCCUCCGCACCAGAGUGUCCUUCCGACCCACUUCGCAUUGACGGGAACGAUCCAUGACCCGAAGCUUUGGGCCUUGGCCGACAGUCCAUACGGCAUGCUGCAGUAGGGACUUUCGAUUUUUCAACUUUUUUCCCGAGAAUUUUGGGUUGCCGUAGUAUACAGUACAAGCUUGGGCACGGAGGUGCGGAGGUGUCACGCAGGUCUAUCGAAGGAAAAGGGAGGGGGGUCGAUAUGCCCUCGCCAGGUGUCACUAGUUUUGCCUGUGUGCAGUUCACGCUUGAGUAUCGUGUCGCUGCGACGUGCACCAAACCAUGGUCGAGGACUGCUCCUUCUGCCCUUGUCCCUCAGCUGCUGCUGUUUCCUCUGGAUCGAUAUGCAGUAAAGGGGCGGCUGUUGUGCGUGGUCGAGGUGUCUUGAGCCCCCUUGCAAAGGCGGGCAGCUGUUGUUGCUCAACGGGAGAACUUCUUGACCGUGCGGCCAUCUCUACAAGCACACCGUUGUCUUCGUUUGAGUGUACCAAUACACUCGUAGACAUAGAAUGAUGGGGUAGUCGUCAGUCGCCUGUCUUCGUUGGUUGGAAAAACGAAGUUUUUGUCUACGGCAAGUAGGCCUUCGUUCGGAAUGGUCCUGGCAACCUGCCUGGCCUUUAGUUGGUUCGGUUUGGCGUUGGAGAAGAUAAAGGCGGCCGCCCCACCCGAAUGAACACGUGGGAAGGACGCAUAAAAUACGCGGCAUGCGGGCACUUGCUUGACAGUAGAAAAAGUGGAAGGCUAGAAAUUACUUGGUGCGUUCUCCGAUCUUGACUGACUAUAGAUUAUUGGCCGGCAUGCUGUUCGUCGAGAAUUUUUUUUUGUGGAGAUUUUCGCAUAGACUGCGCUCGAUGCCUUUGUUCACCAUGUUGUAUGGGGGAGGAUUUGUACAUGCUGAAUUAUUAUUUCUACUUCACUCAACAAUUGGCAGACUAUUAUAGUGUCUGGCUGGGUUCAAGGAGAAGGGGGGGGGUGAGUGCCGUCCUCCCAAGGCCUUCAACUGGUCGACCGUCGUGCCAUGCGUUUGAUUGCAAGAUGAUACGAAUCAAAAUUCGAUUUCGAAACGGUAAUUUCUGACGCUGGCUAGCGCGGUGGUAGUGGAUAAAAAUUGAUUCGAUUUUCGAGACGGUGAUGCAGACACUUUGCAAUAUGGCAUUUUUUCAUUGUUGGGCUUGGUUUGAAACAUAAAUACUCAGGUCUGACUUGAAAAUUAUCCGCACGGAACGCCUCUUAGCCCUGCGUGGGCGAGUCGGGGCGCAGUUUUGCCAUCACCAUCCAUCUCACCAUCACCGUAAAGUUAGGGUGUUUUCUUGUUUU